UGCUGCACAGUGUUUGAUUAGUCCAUAAAGCCCUAAUAUCAAAUUUGCCAAGAAUGAUCUUAACAUACUGAAUUUGUUUUAGCAAAAGAACCUAAUUCUGAGCUGGAAUUCCUACUCCGCCGAGCUGUUAGCUUGUAAGCUGCGGUGAGAUCACAUAAGAAGGUGCUGUUUCUGCUGAAAUGGAUUGGUCAGAAAAUAAUUUGUGCAUAAAAUGUAAUAAAGGUGGGAAUGUGCUGCUUUGCAAUGGAAAGGGGUGUCCUUUAGCUGUUCAUGAAGGGUGUUUGGGCUGUCCAGCUAGAGUAGAUGAUGCAGAGCGCUUCUUUUGUCCCUAUUGUGGGUACAAGCAAGCUGUUGCAGAGUCGCGUAAAGCUAGGGAAUGUGUUUUGGCAAGAAAGAAAGCUUUGUUGAUUUUUAUGGGUGGCAGUGUAAUAGAUAUGGGAGAAGAUAAGACAUUUGCGGACAAUAGGCUUAAUCAAUCAAAAAUUGUUGAUGCAGAUGAUGGUAAAAGUAAGUCUAAAAAUGAUGGAAUUAUUGAUCGACCUUAUCUACUUGGUAAAGAUGGAAAGAUUGGCACAACAGAAGAGGAUUCUGAAUCUUCUGCUGGCUCUGAAGGUGAUCCUUCACUUAUGAUGAAUGGGGAAAAUGGUAAUGGAACCGUGGAAGGAAAACAGAUUCAGGAAGAGGAACGUGAAGCUUCUGAAGAAAAGAAAAAUAUUCAGGAAGAGGAGCGCGAAGCGUCUGUAGAAAAGAAAAAUAUUCAGGAAGUGGAGCAUGAAGCGUCUGUAGAGAAAGAAACUAUCCAGGAAGAGGAACGUGAAGCGUCUGUAGAGAAAGAAAAUAUUCAGGAAGAGGAGCGUGAAGCGUCUGUAGAGAAAGAAAAUAUCCAGGAAGAGGAACGUGAAGCUUCUGUAGAAAAGGAAAAUGUUCAGGAAGAGGAAUGCGAAGCUUCUGUAGAAGAAAAUAUCCAGGAAGAGGAACGUGAAGCUUCUGUGGAAGAAGAAAGUAUUCAGGAAGAGGAUUGUGGAACUUCGUCUGCUUCCACUGACCGAGACCUCUCACUUAAUAGGGGUCCAAGAGCUAAGAGAGGAUCAAAAAGGCGCAAGCCCAUAGACAAAGAGCCCAAAACUGUUUCAGCACAAAGUAAAUUUCGCAAACAGCCUGAUAAGAAGAAGCAGGCAUCUACCACUUUGACUCUUACCAAGAGAUCCACUAGGAUAUCAUCUUCGGCUAUGGGAACUGGAAAAGUAGUGAGGGAAGAAUUUGCUUCUCCUAGCAGUUUGAGAAAACAUGAAAAACCAUCAGAAAAAUCUGACACAUUUAGCAGCGGGAAACGUAGGAAAGUGGUGUGGAUGGAGGAAGAAGAAGAAGCACUCAGGGAAGGAGCAAAGAAACAUAUGGAUGAAGCGAAAAUCCCUUGGAAAAAAAUCUUGGAAGAGAGCAGUAAGUUCGACCCUACUCGGACUCCAAAUGAUCUUAAGAAUAGAUGGAGGAUCGUGAAAUUUGCGUAGUUUGGCUACUUGGAGGAUGGUGAUGAAGGUAUAUAUGGACAGAAAGGCUCUUAGCUCUCAAAUCUCUUCCUUGUAUGACAUCUUUUGCUUGCUCUUGUCAGUGGUCUACUUUUUUGAUUAAUUUGUGUCCAUUGAUGGGUGAGAGCUGCUAAUUAACUCUUAUUUUGACUUAAGUCAUCCAUGUAAUGAGUGAAACUGCUGAUGAACUCUGGGAUGCUAUCAAUGAAAUUAACUUUAAUUACAAUGUUA